ACUGUUCCUUUGAUGCUGAUAAAUGUGGCAUGAUUGACCAAACAGAUGACAAUGUAGACUGGAUCAGAAAAACAGGAAGCACCACAUCAUCAUAUACAGGUGCCAGUGCAGACCACACCAGUGGGUCAGGACACUACAUGUACAUUGAGGCAUCAGAUUAUUCUAUGAGCGAUUCUGAUAAAGCUCGUUUGGCCACACCGUACCUGAAUAACCCUAGUGGUUGCUCCGGAAGAGUGAGUUUUUGGUAUCAUGCCUAUGGAAGUGGUCUAGGUCAUCUGAAGGUGUUUUACAUGAAGGCAGGUGACAGCACACUGUAUGGGCCAGUAUGGACACACCCAGGAGUUACUGAGUCUCACAACCAAUGGAAAACUGGGUCUGUUGAAAUUCCUACUACUUCAGCUUAUAAGGUAGUGUUUGAAGCAUCUAGGGGCACAAGUUCAAAAAGUGAUUACUGUUUGGACGAUAUUUCAAUAACAGCAGGUCGCUGUGGUGGAUGGUGGUUUAACUGCGAUUUUGAACAAGAUGAGUGUGGCUUGGUGCAGUCUACUGCAGAUGAUGGAGACUGGACGAGACACACAGGAUCUACAUUUACGUCCGGCACUGGGCCAUCAGGUGACCACACCACAGGCUCUGGAUACUACAUGUACAUGGAAGCAAGUUCUAUGGCCAACAAUGAGUAUGUCAUCCUAGAGACCCCACUGUUUCCAGUACUCAAUGCACAGUGUACCACUGUCACUGUGAAUCUUUGGUACCAUGCAUUUGGAAAUCAGUGGAGGUCAUUCAUGGUGUCCUAUGUGGAUUCCAUUGGAAGUUACAGUCUGUUUCAUAUCAAAGAAUGGGAGAAAGAUUUUUGGCGUUUUGUUUCAUCCACUUUUAAGCCCAGUGUGAAUUUUAAGAUGCAGUUUUAUGCUGAAAGAAGGAAUGGUGAAGCAGCAGACAUUGCAAUUGAUGACAUCUCUAUAUCACAAGCUGAUUGUGCAUUAAACACUGCUCAUGAGUUGUCACAAGCAUCUCCAUACCAGUGUACAUUUGAUGAUGGCACUUGUCAGUUUGUACAAGAUGGACACUCUGAUGAUAACUUUGACUGGUAUCUCAACACCAAGGACACACAAAAAUCAAAUACAGGCCCCAGUCAGGAUCACACUUCAGGAAUUGGAUAUUACUAUUAUGUCAACACAAGGCUGAAUGAUGUCAGUGGUCACACGGCACGUCUGCUGUCUCCCAAUUUUCACUCAAGCUGUGGUGGUGCCACACUGGGUUUCUGGUAUAAUGCUGAUGGAAAUGCUCUUGCUGGCCUGAAUGUAAAGCUGAAGAAAGUUGGAAGCAGUGAGAAUCUGUUGUGGCACCAUGAUGGAACUGAUGAAAAUGAUGUCUGGCGUGAAGUUACACUGGAAAUAGACUCUGAUACAAAUUUUGUUAUUGUGUUUGAAACUGAAUCCAGAGGACAAGAAGGAGAAUAUGCAAUAGAUGAUGUUACUUUAACAGUCCCAUCUGAUUGUGGGGUGUUUACCUACAAUUUUACCUGUAACUUUGACACAAAUGACUGUGGCGUCACCCAGCGAACAGAUGAUAAUGGUGACUGGCAGCGUAAUAGUGGUGCUACCAGCACAUCAGGCACUGGUCCUAGCAGUGACCAUUCAGGUUCUGGAAGCUACUUCUAUAUAGACGGCACUUACUUUGGUGACCGAGAGUAUGCUGCAUUUGAAACGCCUCGCAUAGAUUUGGCCUAUAAUUGUAGUCUUGUGACACUGCGUUAUUGGUACCAUGGAUAUGGCAGUGAUCUCCUCUCUUUGACAUCAAAGUUAGUGGAUGCUGGGGGUGAACACUGGAUUCACUUCAUAAAAAUGCUCUCAUACAAUGAGUGGUUUCUUGUAGAAUCUUCUUUCAAACCAUUCAGUAAAUUCAAAGUGCGAUUUACAGCAACAAGAGAUGAUGGAUGGGAGAGUGAUUACGCAGUGGAUGACAUUUCUAUUACUCAAACCGACUGCAAUGAAAAUGCAUUGACACAGUUCAGCUGUACAUUUGAAGAUGGGGUGUGUGGCUUUGAGCAGGAUUGGGAUGACGAUACAAACUUCUUCCUAUCUACAAGACAGACUUUGAGCUCUAGCACCGGACCUAGUGGAGAUUUUACGGAUAUGUCAGAUACAACUGGUUAUUUCAUCUAUUUGGAGGGGACUGACCCUUCACCUCAGCCCAAUGGAGCUAUAGCACGAGUACGAACACCUUGGAUUGACCUUAGCUCAACUGGUGCCUGUGCAGCUGCUUUGAAUUUCUGGUACCAUGCUUUUGGUGCUGCACUUGGUGAUCUACGGGUUUAUUAUCACCUGGAUGAUGGCAGCAAUGACAAACUGCUUUGGUCACAAGGAGGCAGUUCAGAAGACAAAUGGAAAUCCAAGUUAUUACUGUUACCUCUUAAAAAUACCAAGUUUCAGAUUGUUUUUGAAGCUCAGAGGGGAAAUGAUCAUGAGUCUGAUUAUGCCAUAGAUGAUGUGAAUAUUUUAACCCAGAUGAACUGUGAAAACCUUGCUUUUGGAAAAGAGGCAUAUGCUGGUAGUACAAAUGCAGUUUCACCUUAUCAAGCUUUAGAUGGAAACCAAGAUCCGAUUUAUUCACAUAAAUCCUGCUGGGAAUCUAAUGCUAUGACAGAUCCUUGGUUUGUAGUAGAUCUUCAGAGAUACACCUUUAUAACCACUGUAACUAUUACAGGGAGAGGGGACUGCUGCAAUGACCGUCUUCAUGACUUCGUAAUAUCUGUGAGUGAUGAGUUUGACAUCGACAGAGGACAUAACUCUAGUACUUGGACCUGGUGUUCUAACUUUACUGGAACAUGGCCUGGAGGGGGAGCCACUGACACUUUUAACUGUGCCAGUCCACUAGCAGGCAGAUAUGUCUCCAUUCAGAUAGAAGGAAACAAUGAAAUUAUGAAUCUGUGUGAAAUACAAGUGAAAGGAGAUGAUAAUAGUGGUCUACCAUACGAAACAAGCUGUGACUUUGAGAACUCCACCAUUUGCAACUUUAAUCAGCUCACAUCAGAUCAGUUUGACUGGACUUUGAAGAGCGGAUCCACUCCUACUGCAAGCACUGGACCUUCUGCUGACCCUAUAACAAAAGAAGGAAUAGGACAUUACUUGUAUAUUGAAGUAGAUGGUCAAUCAAAUGGUGCCAUAGCUGCUUUGGAAACUCCAGAUCUUGAGGUUCAUCAGUGUGGAUUAGUGACUUUGAGAUUCUGGGCACACAUCUAUGGUGGUGAUGUCAAUGCACUGACUGUAAUAUUACUUGAAAAAGAAUCUGGACAAUCGACUUUUAACAGAAAUAUGAAACUUUUCCAUCUAAAUGAGGUCCGGAAUGCAUGGAAGGAACAUACAUGGAUCCUACAACCAUCUGGAAUUACUCAUUUUAAAAUUCAGUUUAAUGGUAUUGCUGGAUCUGGAACUGGUGGAGAUAUAGCUAUUGAUGGUAUUAGAGUGAUUCAGGUGCCUGGCAACUGUAUAGAAGUUGUGUCCACCCCAGCAUCCUUUCAAUUUGACAGUGAUAACUGUGGUUUCACACAGGAUAAAGAUGAAGAGUUGGAGUGGACUCUUUAUAAGAGAGAGGCUCCAGGGAGGAGUAGCACUGGGCCACAGGCAGACCGCACGGGGAAUGAUGGAUUUUACUACCUGCUGGAGCCCAGAUAUCAGACUGCUUCUUCACAAGCCAUAGCAAGGAUAAGAUCCCCAUGGAUAAACAUUUCCCAGGAACACUGCCAGGCCACUGUAAGCUUUGAGUACCAUGCAUUUGGAUCUCAUUUGGUGACUUUCAAUGUGAAAUACCAGAUAAAUGGCAGCAGCCAGGUAUAUACAGCAUGGAGUCAUGACGGCAGUAGUCAAGAUCAGUGGAGACAUGUGGAUGUCCUCCUAAACACUACGGAGAGGUUCCAAGUCAUAUUUGAAGGAAUAAAAGCAUCAGGUGCCACGGUGGAUGACAGCUCUAUUGCUAUUGAUGACAUAACAAUAACAAAUGCAGCCUGUGGCUGCACACCUCCACCCAAUGGUACCAUGGCCUCUUACAGCCCAGUGAAAACCCACUAUAGGAACUCAGAGGAGGUUCAGUACACUUGUGAUGCUGGUUAUUCACAGAGUGCAGGGAAUAUAAGCUUUACCUGUGGAGUGACUGGACAGUGGACAGGAGGGGCACCAUUGGAGUGUGACCGAUGUAAUGACCCUGGUGAAGGGGUGAAUGCCACAAAAACAGUGGGGGGAUAUCAGAUAGGAGGCGAUGUCACAUAUGGUUGUUUCCAAGGCUACGAUGUUGUCAAUGGAUCUCUAAGACUCACAUGCCAGGCAAACUUUACUUGGGAUGGAUAUCCACCAACAUGUGCAUACCUGGCAGAUAAAACACAGUGCACCAGUCCUUGGGGUUAUGGGUACUGGGGCAACUGCUUUAUCAUCAAUUCAACAGAAGUAUCUCCAUCUGAAGCCAGAAGGAAAUGUUUGGAAGUUGGUGGCUACAUAGCUGUGCCUACAGACACUGGCAUAAAGAGUCAUCUUCAGAAUGUCCUCUCCACAUUACCACAGUACUCAUCAAUUUCAAAAUGGCUGGUUGGCUUACACGAUCCAUAUUCUUUAAAUGUUUAUCGCAGUGUUGAUGGCUCCUUCGUAGAUGUUACAGGUAUCAUGGAUUCCAAUGAACCAUCUGAUGUUUGGAGCCAAUUCAUGGUUAUGUCACAGGGUAGUGGAUAUUUACUGCAGGAUUUUAAUGACACGGCUUCCUCUUUUAUCUGUCAAAAGAAUUAUGGAUACCUUGGAUGCUACCAGAAACCAACAACCUCUAAAGCAGAAGUAACCAGUGAUAAACACAUGUCAGCAUUACAGUGUAUAGAGUACUGUCGGGGACUUGAUUACCCUAUAGUUGCUGUGUCCCUCACUCACUGCUAUUGUAGAACAAGCUAUAAUGAUUUAGCAAAAGCAGAUGAAAUGAUGUGUGAGCAGACGUGCACUGGGAAUUCCCUGGAAAACUGUGGCGGUGCCAAUCAUGCCCUUUUGUUUAUAGGCCCAAUGUAUCACUUGCGAGCAUUAACUUGUGAAUCUCUAAAAAGUCAAGGUGUGGUUCUUCCUGGUAAAUACUGGAUACGCCCUGAUGGGAAAGAGGUUUCUUUGAGGGUGGAAUGCUUCAUGGAACCCUGCAGUGAGUCUCUGUUGUCAUCCAGUCAAGUAGAAGUGUCAUCAGAAGCAGCAGCAGCCAACUUUCAAAAACAAAACAUUAAUCUUUAUGAUGAAGGUGCAUGGGCUCCAAAUACUUCUGAUAGUGCCCCCUGGGUCAAGCUCACCUUUAAUACCAGGCGCAUUGUAACUGGGAUUAUCACACAAGGAGGGUAUACCACACAGUCUACUUCAACAAACUGGAUAACACGGUACAGAGUUUCUUACAAUGAUGAAAAGGGGUGGCACAACUAUUCUUCCAAUGGAACUCUGGAGCUGUCAGGGAACACUGAUUGGAAUGGCCUGGUUACACAGUAUAUGCAACCACCAUUCAUAGCAGAUGCCAUAAGUAUACAUCUUCUGGCCUGGAAUGGGAGACCUGAAUUGCGCUUAGAAGUACUUGGAUGCUCCAUUCAAUCAUUGGAUGAUAACGAUAAUUAUGUUGGAUGCUACAUAGAGUCUAGUGGUGCUUUGUCAGAAAUGCCUGUUUCUGCUGGUACUGUCACAACAGCAGAUGAAUGCAUCAAUAACUGCAGGAACCUAGAUAUGAUCUAUGCUGGAAUCAGUGUUGGGAAUUGUUCCUGUAGCAACAGCCUUGGCAGAAUUGGUAAACUCAAGAAAUCCAGCUACUGUCAGCAAAGAUGUAGUGGUAACACCAAUCAGUAUUGUGGUGAUGAGGGAAUGCUAUCAGUGUACAGAGUAUGGGAUUCUCAAUGCCCUCCCAUUCCACAAGUAUCUCACGCCAGAUCAAACAGCACUUCCAGAACCCAUGGUUCUGUGGUUGGGUAUCAGUGUGAUACUGGAUAUAUGUUUCCAUCUGAUGCAGAGAACAUAACAGCAAUACAAUGUGCACAGGCACAGUGGACACAGACACCCCCAGAUUGCCAGGUUGUGAAUUGCACAACCUCGCCACCAUCAGUUGCAAACAGCACCAGUGUGCAAGGAGGCAUCAGAUAUGGGAGUCGNGAUUCCCAGAGAAAUCUUUAUGAUGAAGGUGCAUGGGCUCCAAAUACUUCUGAUAGUGGCCCCUGGGUCAAGCUCACCUUUAGUACUAGGCGCAUUGUAACUGGGAUUGUCACACAAGGAGGGUAUACCACACAGUCUACUUCAACAAACUGGAUAACACAGUACAGAGUUUCUUACAAUGAUGAAAAGGGGUGGCACAACUAUUCUUCCAAUGGAACUCUGGAGCUGUCAGGGAACACUGAUUGGAAUGGGCUGGUUACACAGUAUAUGCAACCACCAUUCAUAGCAGAUGCCAUAAGUAUACAUCUUCUGGCCUGGAAUGGGAGACCUGAAUUGCGCUUAGAAGUACUUGGAUGCUCAGUUCAAUCAUUGGAUGAUAACGAUAAUUAUGUUGGAUGCUACAUUGAGUCUAGUGGUGCUUUGUCAGAAAUGCCUGUUUCUGCUGGUACUGUCACAACAGCAGAUGAAUGCAUCAAUAACUGCAGGAACCUGGAUAUGAUCUAUGCUGGAAUCAGUGUUGGGAAUUGUUCCUGUAGCAACAGCCUUGGCAGAAUUGGUAAACUCAAGAAAUCCAGCUACUGUCAGCAAAGAUGCAGUGGUAACACCAAUCAGUAUUGUGGUGAUGAGGGAAUGCUAUCAGUGUACAGAGUAUGGGAUUCUCAAUGCCCUCCCAUUCCACAAGUAUCUCACGCCAGAUCAAACAGCACUUCCAGAACCCAUGGUUCUGUGGUUGGGUAUCAGUGUGAUACAGGAUAUACGUUUCCAUCUGAUGCAGAGAACAUAACAGCAAUACAAUGUGCACAGGCACAGUGGACACAGACACCCCCUGAUUGCCAGGUUGUGAAUUGCACAACCUCGCCACCAUCAGUUGCAAACAGCACCGGUGUGCAAGGAGGCAUCAGAUAUGGGAAUCAUGUGAACUACACUUGUUAUAAUGGAUAUCAGCUUCCAAAUGGAGCCAUAUUCACACAGAGCACCUGUCAGGCUGAUGGGACAUGGACCAAUAUUUUGGUACACUGUGAGCAUUCUCAAUGCCCUCCCAUUCCACAAGUAUCUCACGCCAGAUCAAACAGCACUUCCAGAACCCAUGGUUCUGUGGUUGGGUAUCAGUGUGAUACUGGAUAUAUGUUUCCAUCUGAUGCAGAGAACAUAACAGCAAUACAAUGUGCACAGGCACAGUGGACACAGACACCCCCAGAUUGCCAGGUUGUGAAUUGCACAACCUCGCCACCAUCAGUUGCAAACAGCACCAGUGUGCAAGGAGGCAUCAGAUAUGGGAGUCGUGUGAACUACACUUGUUAUAAUGGAUAUCAGCUUCCAAAUGGAGCCAUAUUCACACAGAGCACCUGUCAGGCUGAUGGGACAUGGACCAAUAUUUUGGUACACUGUGAGCCCAAGCAUUGUGGCAGCAGGCCCUCAGUGACGAAUGCGUUAGUUGUGCUUGAUGAAGGCACAGUUGUCACAUCCAGAAUCAGCUACCACUGCAAUCCUGGCUACCAGAUAGAAGGUUCUGAUGGCUUGGUACAGGAGGUCACUUGUUCUCUGGAGGCCCAGUGGAACACCACUGCACUGGAAAAUUGCACAGGUUUUCUUAAAACUUUACUGUCCUGA